GCAGGGCGGGCGGGGCCGGGAGGCGGGGACGCUCGGGCGGCAGGCGGUGGCAGCCCCGCCAGCACAGGAAGUCGCCCAGCCGCGAGAGGAGGCAGGAGGCGGAGCUGUGCCGCUCGGCCCGAGGACUUGAUAUCUGUCUUCAUGGAAGCUGUGAAGAUGUAAGCCUACUUCAGAUGCAAGCAGCUGAGUUCCUGAAUUCAAUUACUGAGUAUCUUCACAUUGAAUGAACAGGAUUUUGUCCAUAAAACCAGACUUCAGCAAAAGUAAUUUUUGGAUUGAAAACCAUGGGUAGAAAAGAUGCUUCUACAGCAAGAACUCCUGUUGACCAGUACAGGAAACAAAUAGGAAAACAAGAUUAUAAGAAAACCAGGCCUAUGUUAAGAGCUACAAGAUUAAAAGCAGAGGCCAAGAAAACUGCACUAGGCGUAAAGGAAGUUGCACUUGUCCUUGCAGCUAUACUGGUAUUUUUGUUGGCUUUCUAUGCUUUCUUUUAUCUUAACAUUUCCAAUGAAGUUGACCUUGAUCUGGAUCCAGAUGAAAACUAGCGGAUGCAAUGAAUCUAUCAUCAAGAUUUCUUCAGCUUCAACAAGACUACGUAGGAACACACAGUCCCUUCACUGUGAGACAGUAAACGAUACCAUUUCUUGCAGUCCAAAUUCAUAAGAAAGUUUUGCAAUCCGUCAGUCAAUCACUUUUACAUUCCAGAUCUCCAAAAUAAGAGAACACUCAUGCCCGGCAAGUGUAUUCAGUUAACAGGAAAGCCAGGAGCAUCCAUACAAUACAUGAAGUUUGUUGUUUACAUUAUUUGUUUUCUCAGGCAGAGAACUUUGAUGUCAAAAGACAGGUGCUAUUAUUAUCCUGGGUAUUGAUGCUGACUUCACAGGAGGAGAGUCUGCCUUGACUAAAUUUAGGAAUCAAAGCUUCCUAAUAGCCAAAUUAGUUUCCUUUUCCUUCCCAAAAGAAAGCAGAAAUGCCAAAUAAAAAGUCUUUUCUUGAUUUGUAUUUAAAAUAUAUCAAAAAUCCCCCUCAUCCUUUCCCUUUUAAUCUUUUUUUUGUGCAUGUGUGCACACACGCACUUAUGAAGAUGGAAGAAAUUGUAGGGAAAAAAUAUCUUUCUAGAAGCAGUCUGUCACCUCCUAUAUGGACUUAAUUUUUAUGUCAUCCCAGAUUCUGUGUGCCUAUAUAUCUGCAGUAAUCUUUUUCAUUCUUUUGCCAACUGUUCAGCACACAUGUGUUCUGUCAGAAAUGGCACCUGGAUGACAGAAGCUCUAACAUUCGCAUAUGCCUCUGAAAUACAGUUCUUUGCCUCCUGUGCUGUCUGAACUAGUGUAAAUAGAAAGUUCAGUCGAUGUUGGUUUUAAUUAGUGUAUCGCUCUAUUAUUAAUAUAAAGUCAAAAUCAUAUAUUAAUUAUACUGUUCCUGCUGGUUGUGGCAUCAGCUUGCUCUACCUGUUAGGAGGAUGUUGUAAAAAAAGAUUUCAGUUAUACAAUCAUUUUAAUCAUCAAACUGAUGUGAGAAGUUGUAAAUAUUAAGAAACCUUUUUUUGUUGUUUUUUUUUGUUUGUUUUGUUGGGUUUUGGUGUGUUUUUUUUUCCAUGAGUACUAAUAAUUGGGAAAGUCUUGGCUAGAUUACAUCCUUCAGUUCUUGCAAAGUACUUUGCAGAAUAUGCACGGUAGAUAAAAUUUCUGAUCCCUUUGAUAACUACAAGCCGCUUGAAGAAGUUGGUAUGUCAAAGCUGCUGCAGGGAGAUAUAAAAUUCUGGCUAUAUCCUGUUCUGCUUUGAGUUUGCCAUGUAACUGAGCUUGUCAUUGUAAAGGUUCAGUUUUCAUCCUUUUAAAAAGGUGGUCAGUCUUUCUCUAGUUUGGCUUCACUUUGAUACCAAGAAAAGCAUUGAGCCAUUUUUGCUGAA